AUGUCUUCUGAUGAAGAGAACGAUCAGAUUCAAGAUCUCGAGGCGAUUCGAGAUAAAAUUUUAAGCUCAUCUCAAGGUGAGCGGAUGCAAGUAAGCGCUUGGGAUGAUGACAACACCGGAGUUGAAACCCAACGAAACCCUGAAGAUCCCGAAGCCAGAGCUAUUUUGAAAGCUGCAGAAAAUGGCAACAUUGAACGAGUUACGAUUCUUUUAGAUAAAAAUCCAGAAUUGGUUUAUGCUACUGAUAAAGAUGGUUAUACUCCACUUCAUAGAGCUUGUUAUGCCAAUCAAACAAAAAUAAUUGAGGUUUUGUUGAAGAGAGGAGCUAAGAUUGAUGCAAAAACUAUUGACGGAUGGGAACCCUUACAUUCAGCUUGUCAUUGGAAUAAUGUUGAAAGUAUUACACUUUUAGUUGCAAACGGAGCUAAUGUCAAUGCUCUGAGCAACGGUAAUCAGACUCCUUUACACUUGGUAUGUGCUAGUUCACACAAUUCUCCAGCUCUUCAACUACUGCUUCUCCAUCCGGACACAAAUCCUGAGCUAGUUAAUUCCAGUGGUGAUACUGCUCAGAUGGUAGCUACUAGAACUGGAAAGUACUAUCCAAUGUUUGAAAUAAUAGAACCGUGUUUACGUAAAAUUUAA